AUGGGAUUUUGGAAGGUGUGCCAUACCAGUCCUGGAUCAACACUGAGUUUCGAAAGUGUAAUCAACAGAUAAAGGCCUCAAGUGAAAAAACAAGGUCAUGGAAAGAAGGGCCAUACAAAAUAUUUGCAAAAGGCAAAGCAACACUCAAGAUGUUAGAACAAUGCAUGUGAGCCUGGCAGCAAUGGAUGACUUAGACCACAGCGUGCUGAUAGCAGACCAGGACUGGGACUGUUUCUGUACAGAGAGCGAGGAAUGCUCUGUACAGCAGGCCAAGCUUGCAGCCUUGGAUGACUUCGGCCUCAGUGACAAUGACGAUGACAAAACCGUCAUGCAUGUGUCCUCUCCUUCCACUCAGGCGAGCCUUGACAACCUCUCUGAAAAAGAUAGCAGCACAGAAGGACAAAUACAAUACAAAACACAAGAAAUAGGACAAUCUGAGAAUUCAGAGUUUACAGAAUGCAUUGCCAGGUCUGCUGAACAGACUUCUGAUAGUAGACUGAAUGACCAGGGGGUUACUUAUGAAUGUUUGUACCUAGACCGCAACAAAACUAAUGAAGACAAUGACCCCACUGACCAGCCAGACUUGGAUGUAGAUAAUUUAAGAGGAAAUGAUGAGAGUCAAGGUGAGAAAAAAUCGAGCCAAGCCAUCAUCGAAUCAGUCUCGGAAAUGUCUUUACCAUGUACCCAGGAUAUAAAACAUGGAAACAGCACAGAUGGUACAGAAACAGAAACUGAGGUGACCGACAGUUUACCAAUGCCAAAAAAAGAGAAGGAGCGUUGGUUUGUCACUGUGAAUGACAGCCCAGUUCACCUGAGAGAAAAGGCCAACACUUCCGGGCAAAAAAAAACAAGAAAAAAAAAAUCUUCUAAAAAUUUAAGUGAGCAUAAAGGUGUUACAACAGAGAAGCAUGCUUCCUUAAAUAACAAUACAGAGGCAGAUAACAAAAUAAUUGAGAGACGAAUUUGAACAAUCUCCCAAAUGUGUGUCUAAAGAAAAUUCUUCCUUUCCCUUGCCCAAUAUUCAAGACAAACUUCAUAAUCAAGAUGUAAAAUGUGAUUCACCUGAUGGAUCAUCUGAGAAUGAAGGGGAAAAUAUUAGCUAUGCUAUACAUUUAAAAAAAGGAAAUCAAAACAGAAAUUCCAGAAGCAAAAUCAGAAAUAAAUCCUGCCUCUGUAAAUUCACCUUCACUUUUAACUCCUAAACAGAUACCACUGUCAAUAUUUUAGAAUGUCAGUGGCCCUUUGCCACAAAAUUGGAAUCAUGAAAGCACAGCUUUCAACUGUGAAUGUCAACCUACAAUUGAUAAUUUAAGCUGAUUUAAUAAAGACACAGGGGAGGGAAGUCACAGAUUUAUUCUGGUUGCCCCCAC